AUGGGAAAUGAUGGUGAUUAUGAUUGGGAGAAAGAAGUGGAGGAGUUUGAAAAAACAAAAGCUGGUGUCAAAGGACUUGUAGACUCCGGGGUUGUAAAAAUUCCGAGGUUCUUCAUUGAUCAAUCUGAGAAAUCGAGCAAUGUCGCUCAGCUACAGAUCCCGGUUAUAGACUUUCAAGAACUUACAACUCGACGAAUGGAGAUUGUUGAAGAGAUUCGUAAGGCAUCUGAAAUUUGGGGGUUUUUCCAAAUGGUUAAUCAUGGAGUGCCAAUGAGUGUAAUGGACGCCAUAUUAGAAGGCACGAGAAAAUUCCAUGAACAGCCAAAGGAGUCGAAGAUGGAGUACUAUUCCACAGACAUGAUGCGAAAAGUGAAAUUUUAUACCAUACUGGGAACUUUGCAAAAAUCCCAUGCUGCAAGUUGGAGGGAUGCAUUUUCUUGUACAUUCACCGAUGAUAUGCUCGACCCUGCUGCUAUACCACCAAUUUGCAGAUCUGAUCACAAACAGUCAUCGGGUCACCAUUACCACCAGUUGAAUAGGUGGCGAAUUUUCCAACUUCUAAACCGUCACUACCCGUCCACCAUUACACAUCCUUCUAAACUACCGGUGCCCUAUUUUUCUAUCUACAAGGUCAUACAAACCACCAUUUUCUCCGGCGACAAUUGUAGAAGAAAAGAGUCUCCAUUGACAACAAGGUUAACCACCAAUUACUCUAGUGGUCUAGCUUGGGCUCCGCGAGCUACAAGAAAGCCCCAUUUCAUGUAG